AUGCGCGUGCUGUCCCUCGCGCGGUUGCUCCGUGCCGGGCGGGUCCCCCCGCGGGGCCCGGCAAGCCGGCCCAGCGGGCACCGGCACAGCGGGCACCGGCCCCAGGCACCGCCCCAGCAGAAAGUGUCGGUGGAAGUGCUGGACCACUUGGAGCACCUGGCCCUGGUGGAUUUCCGGGAUUCCGAGGGCGUGGAGCGGCUGCAGAAAGCGAUCCAGUUUGCUGAUCAGCUUCAUGAAGUAAACACUGACGGCGUGGAACCGAUGGAUUCAGUGCUGGAGGACAGGUGUCUGUAUCUCAGAGAAGAUGAUGUGACAGAAGGCAAUUGCACCAAAGAGCUGCUGGAAAAUGCCAGAGAGAUAGUAGAGGAGUAUUUUGUAGCUCCACCAGGUAACAUCCCUUUAGAAAAGCUGCAAGGACGAAACACUUACCUGCAGGACUCUAAGUGACAGCCCAGAGCCCAAAUGCCCUUCCAGUAUUUUAUUUGGAGAAAACAAAGUUUUGCGCAGUGACAGCUGAAACACCCUGGCAUGUAUUUUGGUCAAAAGAAGAGCACUUGCAAGUCAGAAGAAAGAAGGUGUAAAAGUUUAGUAGUGCUGCUGAAACAAUCAUGUCUUUGAAGCUGGAUGGCAGCAUGGCAGAUGACCUUAGUGCUUUUAUUUGGCAAAGUGAAUUUGCUGUCUGGAGGUGAGAGCAAACCCUUGUCCCACUCUUAAUUGUGCAAUUAAUUUAUUAUUUGUUUAAGCAUCCAUAAUAUACUCACAUAGAUGCCUAAAACAUGUAAUUACUAUCAAACUUGAAUUAUUUCAAGAGUAUUGAAAUAAAGCCUGUAUUUAACACCACUAAUCCAAUCCUCUG